GACUCCCUCCUCAGCCGCCUCAUCCGUGUCCUGUCGACACCAGCAGGAAGAGACAAGACACUCUGCACCUUCCAAUACCUCCUCAUCGUCGUCUAUACCCAACUCUCACGUCUUCAAGGCCUGAGAUACCGUCGCUUCCUCCUCUCCAUCAGCCAAAAGCUCGGUGCCGUCCUACUGCCUGGAGAAACAGUCGUUGCGACAUUGUCACCACCCGAGGACAAGCUCACCCAUGUCAUCCAAGGCAGCAAGGCUCUCUCAGAGUUGAUCAGCGACUUCAGAUGCUUCGCCCGUGUCGUCGAGUCGCUGGAUCUGUAUACCUGGGCCAAGGGCACGUGGAACAGCCCUCCUGAGGACAGUGUUGUCAAGGCUGCUGUUUGGGGUCAGAUCUGGACAAUCACCGCAUACCAGUGGUACGAGAAUGUGGCUUAUCUGGCCUCAAAGGGUGUACUGCGCGGUGAGAGGUUCAACACACAGCAGCAGAACAAGUGGUGGGUGUGGAGUUCGCGUUACUGGAUGGCCUACAUUGCACUAGAAGCUGUGCGACUCGCUCGUGUCUGGCAGCUCAAGCCAGCAGUUGCAUCCUCUGCUGCCGAAAAAGACGCGCAAACCCUGGAAGCUGAAGCUUUGUGGAAGAGACAGAUGACUGUCAACAUGGCAUGGGCACCCGUUUCCUACCACUACAGCUUGGAGUCUGGUGCUUUGAGCAAAGACUGGCUGGGUGUCCUCGGCCUGAUUGCUGGUGGCACUGGUUUCCGCAACUUGUGGCGCCAG